AUGUCCCCUUCUCUCUCCACCGCGUCGGAGUCGGAGAGCCCCCCUUCGCCUCGGUCCACUGGUACCUUUUCAGAGUCCGAGAACAGCACCAGUGAGCUAGAUGUCUGGAAAUCCGACGUCCGCAAGGAACAGUGGGUUGCCGCCGUCUUCAUAGGUGACAGGCAGCGUCUUGUCAUCUCGAGGGACUUCCCUGACAGGGAGGCGGCUCUGUCCGGCAUGCGUCGAGUCCUGGCUGCACAGGGGAUCCCCGAUCCCUCGCGCCCCUUGGACCCACCUGGCUGGACGGCAGGAGAUGGGCGGCCCCAGCCACGGCUGUACGGUCCUCAGCUCUUCGAUCUGGUGGCGCAGAUGAGGCACGACCAGCGCGCCGCUGUGGUAGUGGCUCACAACGAGAAGUUGAAGGCCAUUCAGGCCGCCAAGCGACCUGAGAUGUUGAACUCCCGGAGGCAGUACUGGGAGGAGAAAAAGGAACAACACAGGGCCUUGCUGGCAGCCAGGCGCGAGGACGAGCUGUGGAUAGACCCUUGGAAGCCGUGCGGCUUCUGCCCCGGCUGCCGUCUGGCACCCAUGCUGUCAGGACUGGCCCGGCCACGGUGCGAGAGGCUCAGGGCUGCCAGGGAGACCGGAUAUAGCGAGCGGCAGUUGGUCCGGUGGCAGAUGGAGGGUCCGCGUGAGAAGGCAGGGCCCUGCGCCACCCUCUUCUGGCGCGCCUCCCCCAGCGGCGGCGGCACCAGCGCGGGCGUGGAGCUCGCCCGGCAUGUGCGACCGCUGGAGCACGGCCUGCGGGCGCUGGAAAGCGUGGAGGAGGCGGCGGUGGCUGCAGUGCUGCGCUCCGAGUGGGGCGAGGAGGCCGGCGCCGAGCGGCCCGGCAACCUCGAGCUGCACCACGGUCUGGUGGAGGCCGCACAGUCCGCCCAGGCUCGAGGGGCCCUGGCGGGGGUGCGGCUGCUGCACGGCACGAGCAGGGGAUGGAGGGCCGCUGCCGAGGGGACGCACGACGCCGGACUGUGCUCUCUGUGCAGGCAGCACCCCCCUGACACCAAGUCUGUGUCCUGCCCACUCCUGAACGAGGUGACCAUGGCCACCUGGGACCCAACCCCCGCGGAGGACCCGGGCCACCCGCUGCACCACGAGGUGCACAUUCCUUCUUUCUACCUGACGGGAGGCAUGGACGAGGUGUGCCGGCCCCACCACGCCCCCUGCCCCUGGCUGGCCGAGACCAGGCCCGCCACCCAGGACCUCAUGGGCGCACUGCAGGGGGUGGCCAACGCUGCAGUGGAGGACCUGGAGCGGCCAGACCUUCAGUUUAGGCUGAGCCCCCAUGCGCUGCAUGCCCUGGGCCUCAUCCUGGAGGAGGCGGCCCUGGAAGAGCUGGGGAGCAGGCUUCGGAUAUGA